UGGAAUUGCCCAGGCCCUGCUGUCUCCGCUGUCUUCACGGUGUUAAAAUCGGAGCUCUACUCAGGCACCGACAAGGACUAAAUUUGUCUUCCUUUAUAAAGAUCCAAGGGAAGGGAUCAAUUUUCAUUAAUUAAACACAUAAUGGGCGCCGGUAGCUCCAAGCCUGACGCUUCGGCGGGCUCGAAACAUGUUUUUUCGAGCGGUGGCCCCGUCCAGUUCUCAUCUAAUCUUGUCGACAACCUCCAAUCCAACACCGAGACGGACUCCUCUCGCGCAAAGAGCAUCGAACUCCAGAUUCAGGCCCGCGUAGCUCAAGAGCUUGAACGUCUCCGUCAACGCGAGCAGCAGACCCUUGCUGAGAUCGAGAAGCGCAUUGCGGAAUCCAAAGACAGUGCUCCCUCGUCGUUCUCUUCUACACCAAACGUCAGCUACCCCCCUGGCUCGCUGAACCUGGACGCUCCCCGGAUCCCCUUCGCAGGCCGCGAAUACACCCCUGCCCCUGUCCCCGAAGCGCAGCCCAUCAACCGUGAUGUGUCCCGUGACUCGGUGAACACCGAAAUCGAGGAACUGCGUGCUAAGCUUGAGGGCCGGAGAAAAUUGGUUGAGAUCGAUGAGAGCGUUGAGAAGGCCAAGUCAAAUGUCGUGAGCUGCUUGCGUUUGAAUGACCGCCGGCCUUUGGACUGCUGGCAGGAGGUGAAUGCGUUCAAGAAGGAGGUUGCCAAGCUUGAGGAAGCGUUCGUGGACCGGGUUGUUGGUUAG